GCAUGACGAUUCAUCAGAGGGAGGGGAAUUGUGCUGGUGCAGUCGGAUUUAUAGGAGUUUCCUCAAAUUUCAUCUCUUCCCGUUCAGGAGGCUCUCUGGAAAAGUCGUUUACCGGAAUAACUCAGAACCUUUGCUUCUACAACAGCACUUAAAAUGCCCAAACCUGUAAAUGUCCGUGUCACUACCAUGGAUGCUGAGCUGGAAUUUGCCAUCCAGCCCAGCACAACUGGCAAACAACUUUUUGACCAGGUAGUUAAAACCGUUGGUUUGCGUGAGGUGUGGUUCUUUGGACUUCAGUACAUGGACAGCAAAGGUUAUCUUACUUGGCUUAAACUUGAUAAGAAGGUCACCACUCAGGAUGUAAAGAAGGAGAACCCACUUCAAUUCAAGUUCCGUGCUAAAUUCUUCCCAGAGGAUGUUUCAGAGGAGCUGAUACAGGAGAUCACCAAGAAGCUCUUCUUCCUGCAGGCAAAGGAAGGUAUCCUCAGUGACGAGAUCUACUGCCCUCCAGAGACAGCUGUGCUUCUUGCCUCUUACUCAGUGCAAGCCAAAUUUGGUGACUUCAACAAAGUGGUACACCAGCCUGGAUACCUCAGUUCUGAGCGCCUCUUGCCUCAAAGAGUCCUAGAGCAGCACAAUCUAUCCAGAGAACAGUGGGAGGAGAGGAUCCGCGUGUGGCAUGAGGAGCACACUGGCAUGCUGAAGGAGGAUGCCAUGCUGGAGUACUUAAAGAUUGCACAAGACCUGGAAAUGUAUGGGGUGAACUAUUUUGAUAUAAAAAACAAGAAGGGAACAGAUCUUUGUCUGGGAGUAGAUGCCUUAGGCCUAAACAUUUAUGACAAAGAGGACAAGCUUAGCCCCAAAAUCGGAUUUCCCUGGAGUGAAAUCAGAAACAUUUCUUUUAAUGAUAAGAAGUUUGUCAUCAAGCCCAUUGACAAAAAAGCUCCAGAUUUCGUCUUCUAUUCCCCACGUCUGCGCCUUAACAAGCGCAUCCUGCAACUGUGCAUGGGCAACCACGAGCUGUACAUGCGCCGUAGGAAACCAGACUCCAUAGAGGUGCAACAGAUGAAGGUGCAAGCGAGAGAGGAGAAGCAUCAGAAACAGAUGGAAAGGGCCCAGCUGGAGAGUGAGAAGAAAAAGAGAGAGGCCAUAGAGCAGGAGAAGGAACAGAUGGAGAGAGAGAAGCGGGAGCUGAUGAUGCGGCUGUACCAGUUUCAGGAGAAGACUGAGAAAGCGGAGAAAGACCUGCAUGAGCAGAUGCUGAGGGCCCAACAGCUGGAACAGGAGCGGAUGCGUGCAAAGCAGGAAGCUGACAGACUGGAGGCUGAGAGACAGGCUGCCCUGUUGGCCAAGGAGGAACUGGCACGCCAAGCCCAAGAUCAAAUGAAGAACCGGGAGCAGCUGGCAGCUGAGCUUGAACAACACUCUGCAAAGAUUGCCCACCUAGAGGAGGCCAGGAAGCGCAAGGAAGAUGAAGCCAGCACAUGGCAGCACAGAGCGCACGAAGCCCAGCAGGACCUUUUGAAGACCCGGGAGGAGUUGCACCUGAUGAUGACAGCCCCCCCUCCCCCUCCUCCUCCUCCCCCUCCUGUCUACGAUGACAUAGAGGACCAUGAGGGCGAAGAUGGUGAGGAGGGAACCAGAAGUUACAGUGCCGACCUGCGGAGUGAUGGAAUCAGCGACCAUCGCCACGAGGAGAACCGCAUCACAGAGGCUGAGAAGAACGAGCGCGUUCAGAAACAGCUGCUGGCUUUAACCUCAGAGCUAGCUCAUGCUCGCGAUGAAACCAAAAAGACCCAGAACGACCUUCUGCACUCUGAGAACGUGCGCGCUGGCCGUGACAAAUACAAGACCUUGCGACAGAUCCGACAGGGCAACACUAAACAACGGAUUGAUGAAUUUGAGGCCUUGUAAAAGUUGCAGGCUGGGGAGGGGAGGGAGGGCUGACAACAUGGAAGGAAGAUUUUCUUGUUCAUCCUUUAUAAGAGGCACACCCUCAAUACAAGAAAAAAGCUUAUGGUUAUGGAACACCAGAUUGUUAAAGACUCUAGAAAUGUGCUCUUAACAUAAAGGGUUUCUAGGAAAAUUAGCAACAUUUAUUACAUUCUGAUACACUAGUGCCAAAAUGCACCUUUUGAUAGCAUUGACUUUUUUUUAGUUAAUUAUAAAUCACUUUCAAAUCACUUUUCUUUUUUAAACAAUCUGUGUUUUGAUAAGAAAUUAAUUCCUAACUGGAUUGUAGCUCAAUAAAUAUUUUGAAUAUAUUUAAUAGCUUUUAAGAAAGUAAAUAUAGCUCCUCUUCUGUGUGAGAGACGCACACAGAUGCACGCAUAUAUAAUUGGCAAAUAGGAAGUGUCUUUCUAUAUAAAUCAACGAAGAGCAUAACAUAACCCUAUAUAAAUCAAUGAGGAGCAUAACAUAACCCUUAUCCUCUUGUAUUGUAACCUUUAGGGUAUAAUCAUUAUGUAAUCAAUUAUACUUUUCAUUUAUAUUUAUUGUGUAUAUGGGACAAUUUAAAAGGGAUCUUAAUUUGGAAUUGUAUAUUUUGCUGUUUUGUUAAUUAAAAUAAGCAUUUGUCAGGUGUUGGCCAAAAUA